ACGUCCCUGAAGACAAACCCUCAUGCCAUGGCAACCAUCUCCAGGAACACAGUGUUCACUAACGUGGGAGAGACCAGCGAUGGGGGCGUCUGGUGGGAGGGUCUGGAACCACCUGCACCAGGAAUCAAACUCACAGACUGGCAUGGAAAGUCCUGGAAGUAUGGUGAUUCUUCACUGUGUGCUCACCCAAACUCCAGGUUUUGUGCCCCAGCUGGCCAGUGUCCCAUCAUAGACCCCCUCUGGGAAAGGGAUGAGGGCGUCCCCAUUGAUGCCAUUGUAUUUGGUGGCAGAAGACCAGAAGGUGUGCCUUUGGUGUACGAGUCAUUUAACUGGCGUCACGGUGUGUUUGUGGGUGCAGCCAUGAGAUCUGAAUCCACAGCUGCUGCUGAACAUAAAGGUAAAGUAAUCAUGCAUGACCACUUCGCCAUGCGUCCUUUCUUCGGUUACAACUUUGGUGACUACUUGGCCCACUGGCUGAGUAUGGAGACACGCAAGGGCCAAACCCAACUCCCCAAGAUCUUCCACGUCAACUGGUUCCGAAAAGAUCAGAAGACCGGCUCUUUCUUGUGGCCAGGGUUUGGGGAGAACGCACGCGUCCUCGAGUGGAUCUUCAAACGAUGCGGUCGUACCAGUGAAGAUGAGGCUGCCACCCAAAGCAUUGUGGGAUGGAUUCCACAAAACGGUGCCAUAAACACAGAAGGCCUGGGUGGAAAUAUCGAUAUGGGUGCCCUCUUUGACCUGCCCAAACCCUUCUGGCAGAAGGAAACACAGGAGCUUCGGACCUACUUCACCCAGCAGGUUGGAGCUGAUCUGCCCGCACAAGUGGAAGGAGAGCUGAGGGCGCUGGAGGACAGAGUGAGGGAUUGAACACGCUACAUUACACUGAUG